CUGCCCCAGCCAUCAUGGAGGUGGCUGAGGUGGAGAGUCCUUUGAACCCCAGCUGUAAGAUCAUGACCUUCAGACCCUCCAUGGAGGAGUUCCGGGAGUUCAAUAAGUACCUCGCAUACAUGGAGUCUAAAGGAGCCCAUCGAGCAGGUCUUGCAAAGGUGAUUCCUCCUCGGGAAUGGAAGCCAAGGCAAUGCUAUGAUGACAUUGAUAAUUUGCUUAUUCCAGCACCGAUUCAGCAGAUGGUCACAGGGCAGUCAGGACUGUUCACGCAAUACAACAUCCAGAAAAAAGCCAUGACAGUGAAGGAGUUCAGGCAGCUGGCUAACAGUGGCAAAUACUGUACUCCAAGAUACUUGGAUUAUGAAGAUUUGGAGCGCAAGUACUGGAAGAACUUAACUUUUGUGGCACCUAUUUAUGGCGCAGACAUUAAUGGGAGCAUAUAUGAUGAGGGUGUGGAUGAAUGGAACAUAGCUCGCCUAAAUACAGUCUUGGAUGUGGUUGAGGAAGAGUGCGGUAUUUCUAUAGAGGGUGUAAAUACCCCUUAUCUCUAUUUUGGCAUGUGGAAAACCACAUUCGCAUGGCACACCGAGGAUAUGGACCUCUACAGCAUUAAUUAUCUCCACUUUGGAGAGCCCAAGUCUUGGUAUGCAAUACCCCCGGAACAUGGAAAACGACUUGAAAGACUAGCUCAAGGUUUUUUCCCAAGCAGUUCUCAAGGGUGUGAUGCAUUUCUUCGCCAUAAGAUGACACUGAUCUCUCCCUCAGUAUUGAAGAAGUAUGGCAUUCCCUUUGACAAGAUCACUCAGGAGGCUGGAGAAUUUAUGAUCACUUUUCCAUAUGGCUACCACGCUGGUUUUAAUCAUGGUUUCAACUGUGCAGAAUCUACAAAUUUUGCUACAGUCAGAUGGAUUGACUAUGGGAAAGUUGCUAAAUUGUGCACCUGCAGGAAAGACAUGGUGAAAAUCUCAAUGGAUAUCUUUGUGAGGAAAUUUCAGCCAGACAGAUAUCAGCUUUGGAAACAAGGAAAGGAUAUAUACACCAUUGAUCACACAAAGCCUACUCCAGAAUCCACACCUGAAGUAAAAGCAUGGCUGCAGAGAAGGAGGAAAGUAAGAAAAGCAUCUAGGAGUUUCCAGUGUACUGGUUCUCACUCUAAGAGGCUUAAGAAUGAGGGGGACGAAGAAGUGUCACUUGCAGUUGAUGGUGCAGAGGGCCUUACUGCUGACCAAGACCCAGAAGAUCUCAAGGUCAAUGAAAAACCAGAAAAAGCAGUGAAGAUGGGGAACACAGAAGCACCUUCAGAAGAAGAGGCUUCUCCUAGCUGGAAGCAGCUGGAUCAGAAUUCAUCAGAUAAUAUCAAACUCCCAGGAAAUAGUUGCUUAAGCACAUCUAUAACAGAGGAAAUACAAACUAAGGAUGACCAAGCCUGUGGUAUAAUUCUACCUUCAAAUCCCAGUGAAGCUGAUGAUUCCAUAUCUAGUGGCCAUGUGACAUCCAAGGAGUCAGACCCACCGAAGCUUCCAUGGCCAAAGUCACCUGAGUCAUGUUCCUCAGUGGCAGAGAGUAACUGUGUGUUGACAGAGGGAGAAGAGAGUGAUGUGGAGAGCCGCAGGAGUGGCCUCGAACCUGGGGAAGUCCCAGCAGUGUCCAGUGGAGAGAGAAAUGGCCUCGAAGUCCCUGGUAGAAUAGAGGGAGAAACCAAAACUGCUAAAAGUUGGCGCCAUCCACUGAGUAAGCCUCCAGCAAGAUCCCCACUGACUCUGGUGAAGCAGCAGGCAACAAGUGAUGAAGAAUUGCCUGAGGUUCCGUCAAUUGAGGAGGAAGUGGAAGAAACAGAGUCUUGGGCGAAGCCUUUGGUCCACCUUUGGCAGACGAAGUCCCCAAACUUUGUGGCUGAACAGGAGUAUAAUGCAGCCAUGGCCAAAAUGGAGCCACACUGUGCCAUCUGUGCUCUCCUCAUGCCCUACUACAAGCCAGAUAGCAGCAAUGAAGAAAAUGAUUCUAGAUGGGAGACAAAAUUAGACGAAAUGGUUACUCCGGGAGGAAAGACUAAGCCCCUCAUUCCAGAGAUGUGUUUUAUUUAUAGUGAAGAAAAUAUAGAAUAUUCUCCGCCUAAUGCCUUUCUGGAAGAGGAUGGAACAAGUCUUCUGAUUUCCUGUGCAAAGUGCUGCGUACGGGUUCAUGCAAGUUGCUAUGGUAUCCCUUCUCACGAGAUAUGUGAUGGAUGGCUGUGUGCCCGUUGCAAAAGAAAUGCAUGGACAGCAGAGUGCUGUCUCUGCAAUUUGAGAGGGGGUGCUCUUAAGGAAACAAAGAACAAUAAGUGGGCCCAUGUCAUGUGUGCCGUUGCAGUCCCAGAAGUUCGAUUCACUAAUGUCCCAGAAAGGACACAGAUAGAUGUAGGCAGAAUACCUUUACAGAGGUUAAAAUUGAAAUGCAUCUUCUGCAGAUACCGGGUUAAGAAGGUCUCUGGAGCCUGUAUCCAGUGUUCCUAUGGCCGCUGCCCAGCCUCUUUCCAUGUCACGUGUGCUCAUGCUGCUGGGGUGCUGAUGGAGCCUGAUGAUUGGCCAUAUGUGGUGAACAUCACAUGCUUUCGACAUAAGGUCAACCCAAACGUGAUGAACAAACUGAGGCUGAUAAAGGUUCAAGAUCACAAGAUCACACAGCUAAAGUCCAAGGCUGGUGAGAAGGGUAUCUCUGUGGGGCAGACAGUCAUCACGAAGCAUCGGAACACCCGCUAUUACAGCUGCAGGGUGAUUGCUGUGACAUCGCAGACCUUCUAUGAGGUCGUGUUUGACGAUGGCUCCUUCAGCAGAGACACAUUCCCUGAGGAUAUAGUGAGCCGAGACUGUGUGAAACUGGGCCCUCCUGCUGAGGGAGAAGUCGUGCAAGUCAAGUGGCCUGAUGGCAAACUCUAUGGAGCAAAAUAUCUGGGAUCAAAUGUUGCCCACAUGUACCAGGUUGAAUUUGAAGAUGGAUCCCAGAUAGCAAUGAAGAGAGAGGAUAUCUAUACUUUAGAUGAAGAAUUACCCAAGAGAGUGAAAGCUCGUUUUGUUGCCUUCCUGCAUAGCCUUUUUUGAACCCAGCUUCUGAAUUUCCGAAGAUCCAUUUCUCUGAACGAUCACACCAACAUCCAACUUUUUUUUUAAUUUUCAGAGAAGAAUUUUUAAUUAAAAAUAAGAGUCAGUAAAAAAUACAUAAAUCACAUAUAUUAUCUGAGUGUAACCUGUUAUGUCAAACAAUUGAACCUAAUAGAAAAUAUCUUCAGGAACAAAGGCUCAUAGUUACUAAAUCCAGUUUGCUACCUCUGUUUUUAUUGAAUUGAAGACUUAUGUGCUCCUGUUACAGCAAUCCAGCCUUUCCUUCAGGUUUGUAUAUAACGCUCUGGCCCUUGGUUGGUCUAUCUAUGACUGCUAUUUUUUUUUUCCAGUUGGUGAAACAAAUCUAAUUGGAAAACUCAUUGAUGGAAGAUAUUUUAUGUUAGAGAAAUCUCUUUUGUUCUUUUAAAGGAGGGGUGGGUUAGCAGUCUCACUGCUAAAUAAGAGACCUCAUAUUUUAAUGACUUCUGCUCACCCAGACACACGCUGACUUGGGAAGAAAUUUUUCAAAAGAGUCAGCAGUCCACCUCGGUGAUUUUGCAGGGGUUCUUUCCCACUAACUUCAGAAACGGCCCCAUUACCUUUUAUUGUCUCACAGAAUAACCAUGGCAACAGUGCAUAAUUAAGUAGAGCUGCUGGUAAAUCGGUUUUAUUAUUGUAUUUGAGAGGCCGACUUUUGCUGUUCUCACACAGUGGCAACACUUUCACAGAUGUUUUAUUUUCUCCUUUGAUAACUUUAGCACUUAUAAAAGGGAAAGAUUACUCAUAGGAAGUACUUUGCCAAGAAUGAAUGAAACAAAAAUGUUUUCUCCUAAUGGCAGAGGGUGCCCAACCAACCCAUAAUCUUUUAGUUAUUUUCUUCCCGAGUGAAACAAGGUAGUGUCUGGGGGUCCAUGCAGGUAGCCUGUUACCCUGGAUAACCAUCUCAUGAACUGGUGGGGAACAUGCCCGCUGUGCACCUGGGUCCAUUUUUUAGUUUUCAAGCUUCUUUGUAACUGUUCCAUUGUUUAUCUCUUCUUCAUGAUUGACCAUGUGUUUCAAGUCCUCAAAGCUGGGACUCUGCCUCUGUCACCAACCAGGGGAGGUGGCCUCAGUGACAGUGAGAUGCACUGUGCAUUGACAUCAUCUGGAGUGAUCUACCUCAGUGAAAAUCAGUUAGAAAUGCAUUUUAGGAGACAAAAUAGUAGGGAAGUGGGAAGCAAAAAUAGUGUCUUACUGUAGCCUUUACCUGAGCAUAACAGAAAAGGCCCACAUUCCUUCCACCUGGCUAACACUUAAUUGAGCAGUGACUGAGUUGCUUGGUGUGGAGAACAUGUAAAAAUCAGUACUGCCUAAUAUCCUCACACUCAAGGGGUUCAAGGAAUCCCUGGUGGGAAGAAAGUUAACUGCCCCUCAUCUCUGCCACUGACCUCAUUCUACUGUGUUGACAAAGUCUUACAGGAACCAAAAGAAGGGCCCUCAGGUUUGCCUGUGGCAGAGAAAAUUGAACAGUGUCCAUGCAAAGGGAAAAAGUACAUCCAAUGACAGAAAGCCAUGAGCCAGUAAGGUGUGGCCAGGAACUGCAAAUAAUUCUAUCUUACCAGCACAUGGGGUAGGAUUUUGCUAAGUUAUGUAGGUCUAGAGAGCUUGGAUGCCAUCUUCAAAGGCAGCAAAGCUAUUGGAAGAGACGAUAAUCAGGGUGUCAUAUAAUCAGAUAGUUUGUAGAGCACUUUCUUCUAGUGGUACUGUAGAAAAUAGCCUGGGGGUGCAGCAUUUGCUGCAGUGAUUUAGAGGAGGAAAUGUGAGGCCUGUACCAUGAGGCCAGCAGGGACAAAGAAGAAAGGAUGGAGGGCUUCAAGGAACAUGUAGAAGGGGACCUGGACGUGAUGGGGAUGGGGGACACUUAUAGUGACUGUUAGGUUUCUAAACAGUGUCGCUACGUAGAUAGGAGAUAGCUAUGCCAUGUAUGGAAUAUAGGAAGGAUAAUAAUGGGGAGGGAAGACUGUGAGUUCAAUUUAGGGCAGGUUGAUUUGAAGUGCCUCUGGGAUCAGUUCUCUGAGAUGCCUGCUGAGCAGUUGGACAUGCAGGCCUGUGCACAGAAGGAGGUCUGAACUGGAGUGAGAGAUGUGAGCAUCCUUGGAGAAGAAGUAGGAAUUGAAGCCAGGAGUGUGGGUGUGAGGGCUCAGGGAGCAUAUGUACAGAGGAGAAAUGCAAAACAUCAGGAGCAUCAGAGUUGAACAGAUAGUUAAAAAGGAGAACCCCAGAGACAUCAACAGUAAGCAGCCAGAGGAAGAAGAGAGGCAGGAGGAAGGACUUAUAAAGUGUCAGAGAAGACAGCAAUUCCAGCAAUACUUAGGUGACAGAAUCGUCAAAUACAUUUACGGUGAAAAAGUGUCAUAGGAACUGGACUGAAGCAAGGACAGUUUCAGGGAAGGCCCAGAGGAAAAUAGAAGUGGGGUGAAUUAGAGAUGACUGUUGAUAGAUUUGUCAAAAACCUGGUUGGGCAAGAGCCAGAGGGGAGAUGGCAAAUGAGGGAGAUUUAAAUGAGAAGACUUUCAUCCUGCUUCUGCUGGGGGUGGGAGAUCCUGAAGAAAGUUGGGGCUACAUGGAAGCAGGAGCCUGGAUGGAGCAGGUGGGAGGCCCCAAAUCCUGGGCUAGUGGCCAGGCCUCUGCACGCCACCCUGAGCUGGCUAGAUCAGAUCUUUGUCCAUUCUUGUUAUGGUCAAAUGCCAUGCUUUCUGCAGCGUGACGCUGGCUCUUUCUAGUCCACAGCCUCUGAUAUGCGAUUUGAAGACACAUUUUAUGGAGCAGACAUAAUCCAAGGGGAGAAAAAGAGACAAAGAGUGCUGAGUUCCAGGUUUAAGAAUGAAUAUGUGGAUGAUCCUGUGUACCGCACUUUUUUGAA